AUGUCCCGUCAAAUACCACUCCGAUCGCCGUCGGGUAACCGGAGAACACCGUUGCUACAGCCCUCGAGAAGGGCGAAUUUUGCGGAGGUGGCGGGAGGGGCGACGGCGGCGUGCGCGGCUGUGUGUUGUUGUUGCCCAUGUGCGUUGGUGAAUUUGCUUGUUUUAGCUAUUUUCAAAGUCCCUGCCGGGCUUUGUAAAAAAGCCCUUAAAGCGAAGCGGCGGAAAAGGCUUACUAAAAAAGGACUUCUGCCGCCGCGGAAAAAGAGUAAUUGUAAAUGCGGCAGUGAAGAUAUCGAACUCCAAGUUCCCCCGAGUCAGAAUCUUUCGGAAGUAAUAAAAUCAGAGGAAAUUGAGAAAGAAGUAAUGAAAUUGGAGAAGGAGAUGUGGGAAAGAUUUUACACCAACGGAUUCUGGAGAUGUCCUUCUCAGCGAGAAGCACUUGCUGAAAAAUGA